AUGAGUGCAAUAAAUCAAACGCUUAAUACGGUAUUCAUCAAUCGAGCUGUUAAAGAAUGUAUUGGAAUGAAUACGUUUAUGGAUGAAAAUCAUGUUUGCAGGUGUUUACCUGGUUUUAAUUUCGGAGAUCCUGUUUCGAAAUAUGGUUGUUAUCAAUGCAGCUUAACAUGUCAUAAAAAUGGAUUCUGCGCACAUCCAGGAAAAUGCAAAUGCCUUAAAGGACUCGUUGGCGAUGGAGUUCUUAAAUGUGAUAUUCCAAUUCCAACUGUUACAAGUGUUUAUCCAUCAAUUAUUCGUUCUCAAGGAUUCAUCGAUACACAAAUUUCAUACAGUUUAGAUGUUCCUUACAUACCAACCGAAUUUUGGUGCAAAUUCCAUAAUACUAUUGUUAAAGGCGAACUUAUCCAAAACGGCCUCGGAAAAUGCAAAGCACCACCUUCAAAUGAGCACGCUGUUCGUGUUUCUAUUUCGUUUGAUACAGUCAAGUACUCAGAGUCAGAUGUUUUCUUAUUUUACAAUCAAGAAGCCAAGAUUCAAGCGAAUUUUAACUGGAUACUCAUAGUACUUUCGAUAAUCCUUUUCUUAUGGGGAAAUUCGAUAAUUAUGAGCUGGGGAAAGAUCGAUGAAUCACUUGAGUCUCCUCAGGACAAAUUGUCAAUGAAUGAAAAAACCAAUAAUCCAUUUGAUAAAGCGAAACAAGUAGAUGAAUUUAAUCCAUUUUGA